AUGAGUAUCUCUAAAGUAUACUCUAAAAUAAGACCUCAGCCUGAUAAAGUGAGCUGGAAGAGGCUUGUCUGCAAUAAUCAAGCUUCUCCUAAGAGUAUAUUCAUAACUUGGAUGGCUUUGAAGAAUAGAAUGGUGACUAAGGAUAGGCUUAUUCAAUGGCAUAUUAACUGUGAUCCUUUGUGUUUCUUUUGCCAGAACUGUGUUGAAAGUGUUGCUCAUUUAUUCUUCUCAUGCUCUUAUUCUAGAGAAAUUUGGCAGAAAAUCCUUGAUUUGCUGAAAAUUCAGAAGACAGUUCAAUGCUUUGAACUUGAACAGCAACGGGCUGCAAGGUUAUACAGGAAAGCUAACAGGAAGUGUAGGCUUUAUUUGAUGUUCUUUGCUGAAAUUGUUCAUAGUAUUUGGCUUCUGAGGAACAGUUUGUUGUUCAAUGGUAGCUGUCAGCCUGCUGAUUUGGUCUUCAGAGAGAUUGUUUAUAGGGUUGCAGUUAGGUGUUCUGAGUUUGAUAGGAAAUUCUUGUAUUUUUGA